CUCUGCUUGUGUCCUUUGUCUACGGUUGCUGAGCAACCGAGCACGCAAAGGUGACGUAGUACGUAGAGGUGGUGUUGUCUCUAUGGCUGCCGAGGACGCGGAGACAAAUACCGGAUCACCCACUGCCAUUUCGACUACAAGCUGCGCUGUUAGGAUAAGACUGCUCGAUGUAUCACAAAGAAAAGAGCAUCCAGAUCAAAAACAGCGCGUCGGCGCUGUACAACAACCUCGGCGUCCUGCGCAUCGCCCCGCGGCGCCUCACCUAUUUCACGGUGGUCCACGCCAACGUGGUCAACAUGGUCAGCGCGUCCUGGGACGGCCUCAACUACUCCCACCGUCAGCUGCAGUCCAAGGAGCCCAAUGUCGCCACGAGCACAUCGCUCAUCAUGCAGGCUGCAUUUUGCGGUCUGCCCUCUCGUGAUCUGCUGGUGGUGACCUCUCAGAAAGGCAUCCAGAUGUAUGAAUCGGAUGGCUCCAUCAUGGUGUACUGGCAUGCACUGGAUACUCCAGAAACACCUACAGCUCAGGCCGUGUUUGCUCGAGGGAUAUCAGCAGUGUGGGAUAAUUAUAUAUGUGUGGGUAUUUCAUCUGGUGCAAUUCUCGUAUUUGACGUUCCCAGUAAAGGCAGUAAUAUAACCCUGUCUGAGGUCCUGGAAGAGCACAAGGAGUCGAUCACUGACAUGGCCUCUGAGUGCUCUGGCAGCCAGGAGUGCAUAGCAGAUCUGGUUAGUGCAGAUGAUGGGGGCAACUUGUGUGUGUGGAAGUCUGGGGAGGAAUUUCAGCUGCUUAACAAGAUCCCUGGCUUUGAUAUCAGCUGCUCGUCUGUCAAGUUGUGGAAAGGUACAGUGGUGGCAGGUUAUGGCACAGGCCAGAUCCGUCUCUAUGAGGCAGUGACAGGAAUUCUGCAUGCUGAGGUCAACGCUCAUGCUCGCUGGAUAUACUCACUAGACAUUGCUCCUUUUUCUGGACUGCUUCUGUCUGCUGCUGAGGACUCCCUAGUCAGGGUGUGGCAUCUGACUGUGACUCCAGAGACAAACAGUGUGGAGGUUGCCCAUUUGCACAAUGAGUGUGUGACAGACACACAAAUCUGUGGCGCGAAGUUCUGUGACGGUGAUGGUUACGCCUUUGCAGUGACAGGUUAUGACCUGAGUGAGAUUAUCCGCUACACACAGUUGUAGGACGUCGCCUUCAUCAAGGCUAAGCGUAGGAAUGUGAAUUUGGGUUGCAAUUCUGCAAGAACAAGGGUAUUUCACGUGACUUUUUCUGGGAGAAGCGUUGUUACGUUAGAAGGACAUUAGCAUAUAUCAAAAUAAUGCAAAAGUAAAGUGUUAAAGUUUAUAUAAAUAUUUUAAGCCCAAAUGUUUACA